AGUGGUUUGGCUGGUGAGAUGGUAUGAAAGUCUGCUCAGAUUAACUCAAGCCUGGCAUAUCUCCAGGCUUCAGUGUGAUGGUGGGUCUGAAGGAAGAGAAACAAAACAGGAAGAGGGGCUUGUAGGAGGGCUGAAAGCUCUCUGGGAGCUGUUAAGACUCCAGCAAAGUGAGAGCUCAGUCUGCUAGCUCCAGAGCCAGACGAUAAACGCAGCAGCAAGAGGAUGUGGGGGCUCAGUGAGUUUUUUGUGGCUCUGGUUGCGUUUCUCUUGAUUGUGCAGUUUCUGAAGCUGCAAUGGGCAGGUAGGCGGCUUCCCCCUGGACCAACUCCCCUCCCCUUCAUCGGGAACUGGUGGCUGUUGGGAUUUAAACUUCACCCUGAGGAUCUCGAGAAGUUGGCACAGAUUCAUGGGAAUAUCUUCACCUUGUGGUUGGGAGAGAGCCCCGUGAUUGUAUUGCAUGGAUUCCAAGCAGUGAAAGACAGUCUGACCACCUACCCUGAAGGUGUUUCUGGCCGGCCAACAACCCCUUUCUUCAAUGAAAAGGCCAAUGAAAAGGGUAUUCUUUUGACAAGUGGUCACACUUGGAAGCAGCAGAGACGCUUCGGGCUGAUGACCCUGCGGAACCUGGGACUGGGCAAGAAUGGCCUGGAGCACCGAAUCCAAGAGGAGGCCCGUCACCUGGUGGAGUACUUAAUGAGUGAGAGAGGACAGCCCUUGGACCCUAGUGUCUCCUUCAGACAAGCACUUUCAAAUGUCAUUUGUGCUGUGGUUUUGGGACAUCGCUUCUCCGCCAACGAUGAGACCUUCCAGCAGCUGCUUAAAGCCAAUAGCUGUGUGCUCAGAUCCUCGGGCUCUCUCAGCAAGAGACUGUACGAUACUUUCCCCUGGCUCAUGGACCACCUCCCAGGACCUCACAAGAAGGUGCGGUCCUGCGAGGGGUUUCUGUAUUGUUUUGCAAAGGAAGAGAUCAGACGCCAUGAGGAGAGUAGGGUACCAGAUGAGCCACAGGAUUUCAUUGACUUCUACCUGGCACAGAUGGUCAAAUGCAAAGACGACCCCACGGCUACGUUCGAUGAAGGUAACCUGAUUCAGACUAUCCUGGAUCUUUUCAUAGCAGGCACAGAGAGCACAGCCACGACCCUGCUCUGGGCACUGAUCAGCCUGGUGCUUCAUCCCGACGUCCAAGAGAAGGUCCAGAAGGAGCUGGCUGCUGUGUUGGGUCCUUCCCAGUUAAUCUGUUACGAAGAUCGGAAGAACCUGCCCUACACCAAUGCCGUGAUUCAUGAGAUCCAGAGGUACAAUUGCAUUGCCCCGGUCGGAGUCGCCAGACAAUGCGUGAAGGACACAACACUCUUGGGGUUACCUGUCCCAAAGGGCACUGUCAUCUUGCCAAAUAUAUGUUCUGUCUUGUCUGACCCUGAGCAGUGGGAGACACCUCGCCAGUUCAACCCGACUCACUUCCUGGAUAAGAAUGGAAACUUCAUUAGCAGAGAAGCGUUCUUACCAUUCUCAGCGGGGCACCGUGUGUGUUUGGGGGAGCGCCUGGCAAGGACUGAGCUCUUCAUCUUCUUCACCAACCUGCUGAGGGCAUUCACCUUCAGGCUGCCAGAGGGAAUGACUGAAAUUAACACUGAGCGUAUUUUCGGAGGCCUUUUGCAACCUCACCACUAUAAGAUCUGUGCUGUUCCUCGCUAGGCAGCAGCACGUCACAGACCACCAGGAAACCCAAUAGGCAGGGGUGUUUCUCAUGGUGAAUUUCCAUAA